AGGAGAAAAUCGGUGAAGUUCAAAGGGUCUUGCACCGUUUUCCCGGGGGGAUACUCUGGCAUUGCGAACCUCACAUUCUCACUCUGCACCAGGUAUUAAGAAUUUGCGUUAUCCUUUUUUUGGGGGGGGGGGAGGUAGCGAAUUGCAACAUGAAUGUAACACAAUAACACAAUCGAGGCACAACCACUUCCUCGGAGAGGGGGAACCCGCACCUUAAAGGUCCACAGCAGCUGAACUCUUCGCUCAUUUCAUUGGGGGGAAUUGGAGCUGACUGGGCUCCCUUCGCAAUCUGAGCUGCACAUGACGCGAAGGGAUGUCUUGAAGGGGCUAAAUCGCAAGAAAUCCGUGGAUUCUUAACCCCCCCCCCUACUCGAAACGCCGGCCGCCCCUCUGUCUGAGGUGGCGGUUUGGUGCUGGCCGCAGGAACACUUCCUGGAAUGAAAUUGAUCAGCAAUAAGGAGGAUCGCACAGAGACAUUGGGAUCAGACCGGGCCAGAGAGAGAGAGAGCAGGCAGGUCCUCGUUUACAAGCGGAUCUGUGCGAACCCCCGCCACUCUUUGUGCUCUUAUGGCUUGCGGUCUCAAAGAUGAGUUGCUGUGCUCUAUCUGCCUCAGCAUCUACCAGGACCCCGUGAGCUUUGGUUGUGAACAUUAUUUCUGUAGGAAGUGUAUCACUGAACAUUGGAACAGACAGGACCACAGCUCCAGGGACUGCCCCGAGUGCAGGAGGACGUUCAGAGACCCCUUGCUCUCCCCCAGCCUUAAGUUGUCUAAUAUCGUGGAGAGGUACAGCGCUUUCCCCCUAGACGCCAUCCUGCAAGCCCAGAGGAACUCCUUCCCUUGUAAGGACCACGACAAAGUCAAGCUGUUUUGCUUGAACGACAAAUGCCUGGUGUGCUUCUUUUGCGACGAGCCUGCUCUGCACGAACAGCACCAUGUCACCAACAUCGAGGAAUCCUUUGAAGAAAUCCAGAGGGAAUUGAAGGAUCAAUACGAGGUUUUGCAGGACAGUGAGCGUGGACAUGUGAAGGCUUUACAACUACUCAAGCGGCAGCUCUCUGAGACAAAGUCUUCUGCGAAGAGUCUUCGAGCAACCAUUGCAGAAGCCUUUGACCGCCUGCACCGUUUCUUGAAGGAGAAACAGAAGUCUAUGCUGGAAGAGUUGGAGACCGACACAGCCCGCACCCUGAAUGACAUCGAGCAGAAGAUCCAGAGAUACAGCCACCAAUUGCGUGAGGUGCAGGAGGGGAUGCAGAUCCUGCAAGAGAAACUUGUUGAGGCAGACAAGCUGAUUUUCCUGGAAGGAAUCAACACCACUUUGGAGAGGUUAAAGGGAAAGAUCCAUGAGACCAAUUUAACUUACGAGGAUUUCCCAACCUCCAAGUAUAUGGGUCCCCUGCAGUACACCAUUUGGAAAUCCUUGUUUCAGGACAUUCAGCCAGUGCCAGCAGCCCUGACUCUGGAUCCGAUAACGGCUCACCAGCGCCUCAUCCUGUCCGAUGACUGCACCAUUGUGGCUUAUGGGAAUCUCCACCCGCAGCCUUUGCAAGACUCGCCCAAGCGCUUCGAUGUGGAGGUGUCCGUUCUAGGUUCGGACGGCUUCGACAGUGGUGUCCACUACUGGGAGGUGAUGGUGUCCGAGAAAACGCAGUGGAUGAUUGGCGUGGCACUGGAGUCUGUCAACCGGAAAGGAAGCAUCCAAAUCCAGCCUUCAAGAGGCUUCUAUUGCAUUGUGAUGCAUGAUGGGAACCAGUACAGCGCCUGCACCGAGCCCUGGACCCGGCUGAACGUCAAGUCCAAGUUGGAGAAGGUCGGCGUCUAUUUUGACUACGAUAAAAGCCUCCUGACCUUCUACAAUGCUGAUGACAUGUCCUGGCUUUACACUUUCCGAGAGAAAUUCACUGGCAAGUUUUUCCCAUACUUCAGCCCAGGGCAAAGUCACGCAAAUGGGAAAAAUGUUCAGCCACUGCGAAUCAACACCGUCCGGAUCUAAACACGCGAGGAAAUCUUCUGGGAAGAAAUCAGAGCUCCCUUAUUGAUUCUUUUCUCUUAUCCAACCUGCUUCCCUGAUUUUAAUUUAUGACUGAGCCCAUCAUUUGUCUUCUCAGCCUCUGGUCAUCUUAGGUCAUGACAGAAACUGUCAAGAGGGCACAGGAGUGCCACCUGCUGUCAGUGUUUAUCACUGCACCAUUCCCAUUGGCCCUCCAGGGAUGACAUCAUUAUGGUCCUGUGGAGUCUCCCCCUCUAAUUCCCUUACCCCUCCUCUUCCAAAUUUAUUGGGGAAAAAUAGAUUCCCCUCUCUCUCUCUCCCUCUCCCUCCCUCCUUCCUUAGAAUGACAGGAUGGUGAUCAGAAACUUAUUGGGAUGGGCAGAAGUGUCCAUUUCUUUCCAUUGCAUUGUGCCACCUCAUUUGAUUUUAUAUUUGAAUACUUAUGUAUUUUCUUUCUGUCUCUGUCUCUGUCUCUCUCUCUCUGUCUCUCUC